GUGAGAUAAACCGGAAAAUAAACGGGGAGCGAGACAUUGAGCCUGGUAUAUCAGCGGCUGAUCAGCGCGCCUAAAAACCUGGAAAGGUUUCGAAUUGGAAGCUGCUUGAUUGGGGAUUUGAAUGGAAAACGCACUUGCCGGGUUAUUUUUGGAGAUUCAGUUGCUUCUCAAAAUUCAAUGGAUCUGAACUGGGAUUGCUCGGAUGGUUCUGGAUCGUCACACUUCUAAUUCCCUUUGGGAGCGACACAACUUCAAAUAAAUUCACCUUUAUUAAAGAAAACGAAACGAAAAGGGAAGCGCUGCGCAAUGAUGCUUGCGAGGUUCUACUUCGCGUUGUCUUUGCUGGAUGUAGUUUUGUCGGCAGAAGUGAAUGUGGUGUCAGGUGCUAACCGGCUGGACUGCGUUAAAGCGAGCGAGCAGUGCCUGAAGGAACAGAGCUGCAGCACCAAGUACCGCACGCUGAGGCAGUGCGCGGCGGGCAAAGAAAGCAAUUUCAGCAUGGCUUAUUCUGGACAGGAGGCGAAGGACGAGUGCAGGAUUGCCAUGGAUGCCCUCAAGCAGAGCCCCUUGUUCAACUGCAGAUGUAAAAGGGCUAUGAAGAAAGAAAAAAACUGCCUGCGCAUAUACUGGAGCAUUUACCAAAGUUUACAGGGGAAUGAUUUGCUGGAGGAAUCUCCGUAUGAAGCAGUGAACAACAGACUUUCUGACAUAUUCCGACUUGCUCCCAUCAUUUCAGGAGAGCCUGCAGUCACAAGAGAGAACAACUGCUUGAAUGCUGCUAAAGCCUGCAACCUGAACGACACCUGCAAAAAAUACAGAUCAGCGUACAUAAACCCGUGCACCUCUCGCGUCUCCAUUGCCGAAGUCUGCAACAAACGCAAGUGCCACAAGGCCCUUCGGCAGUUUUUCGACAAAGUGCCUCCCAAACACAGCUACGGGAUGCUCUUCUGCUCCUGCCCUCUGGCUGAUCAAUUAGCCUGCACAGAGAGACGGCGGCAGACCAUUGUUCCGGUGUGUUCGUAUGAGGACAAGGAAAAACCAAACUGCUUGUCUUUGCAAGUGUCGUGCAAGACGAAUUACAUCUGCAGGUCUCGGCUUGCAGAUUUCUUCUCAAGCUGUCAGCCCGAGCCCCGCACCAUGAGUGGCUGUCUAAAGGAGAACUACGCAGACUGCCUGCUCGCCUACUCAGGGCUUAUUGGCACAGUCAUGACUCCAAACUAUCUUAAAUCCAGCAGCAUCAGUGUUUCCCCGUGGUGUGAUUGCAGUGCCAGCGGGAACAACAAGGAAGAGUGUGACAAGUUUGUAAACUUCUUCAAGGAUAACGCAUGCCUUAGGCAUUCAAUUCAGGCAUUUGGGAACGGCACGGAUGUGAAUGUGUGGCAGUCCAGGCCUCCUGUGCACACCACAGCUUCCACAAGCACUCCGUCCCACAAGGCCCGAGAGAGAGCUCAAUCCCCUGUGGAUGAGCAGAACCACAUCAAUGAGAUCAGCACCGCUGAGGAAGCCAACCUCUAUCCUAUCUGUGCAAAUUUACAGGCUCAGAAAAUGAAGUCCAAUGUAACAGUGGAGGAGAUAGCCCAGUGUGAGGUUGUCCGGAAUGGUGAAGCCAGUUCUUCGGAUCACGUCAUGUCAAAGAAUUCUUCCAGGGCGUCCACACCGUUCCAUUUGAGUUGCAUUCUGCUGAUUCUCAGUGCCAUGGUGCACUCUGCCUUCCUGGCUCUCGACUCAGCAGAAACAUUCUAACCACACAUAAAAAAAGAAAACAAAAGGACCUGUAAAAAAACAAAAGAAAAAAAAAAAAAAAAAAAAAAAAGCUAAGCGUAGUGUGUUCCCAGUCUCCUGUUGUACUGUUUCCCGGAAUUGUGGUUCUAGAAGCUUGUCGAGGCACCCUGUCCUGGUUUCAUUGUAACUGGUAUUUAGGGGCUACAUUGCAAACCGCAAUGUCUUGUGGGGCUGUGGUCUAUCAACGGAUAUUGUUAGUGCUGUAUAGUAACUGGGUUUAAAACUCAGAAUAGGAAGGAGGCAGCAUUUUGUAUUGUUGAAAUCCUUGUUUGUGUUGUCCGUGUGUAAAAUGGUUUUGUUUUUCGAAACUGGGUAGAGGAGAGAGAGCACAGCAGGGACCCACAAAGGUGUCAUGCCCUGAAAGAACUAGGCUGAAAAGGAGAGAGGACUUUACAAAGCUUCCUAUUUGACUGGAAUCAUUAAAAAAAAAGCAUUCUCCAACUUGUAAUGUUUAUGUAACGGGUCCUGCAUUCAUGCUGCUGAGAAAAGGGUUUGUGUCUCACACCACUGUGAUGUGUUUCUCAGUUUUAAUCCACACAACAAGAAUUCAAUGUAUGCUGUGUUAAAAAUACUCAGUGCUUUAUUUUCUAAUUUACUUUCGACUGACAAAGAGUACUAAACUAAUUAAAUGUGUGUACAUUUUUAGCAGUAUAUAUUUACUGUUAUCCCAACUGAAGAACUAACCAUUAUAUUGUAAAGUGACUGUAAUGACUCUGUAGUGAAUGUAUCCAUACCCUGAAAUUCUGUAAUAACUGCAACACACAUGUUACAUUUAACACAGUUAACACUGUCCUGUAGUGGGGGCAAUUGAAGGCUUGAUAUAGCUGCUGGUAAUGUCUACAUAAAGUAAUAUAUAUA